AUGGGAAACAUUGACAUCGGUGCCCUCACCCCGGCCCUGGCCGCCGCCGACUUCAAGUCUCUCGAGCCCCUCCUCCUCGACCUCGAAAAGUACCUGACCCUGCGCACCUAUGUGAGCGGAUACGACUUCUCGCCCGCCGACAAGGCCCUGUGGGCCGCCAUCCGCAACAACAAGGUGGCUAUCGGUCUCGUCCGCAAGGGCAGCUUCUCCAGCGUCACCCGCUGGUUCAACUUUGUCGAGACUGUCCACCCCGAAGUCAAAGAGGACACGGCCAGCAGCAAGCCCAAGGCCAAGGGUGGUGCGAACUACAACAUUGGUCUGCCCAACACGGAGAAUGGCGUCGUCACCCGCUUCCCCCCUGAGCCUUCAGGUUACAUGCACAUUGGCCACACCAAGGCCGCUCUCCUCAAUGACUACUUUGCCAACGUUGCCUUUGACGGGAAGAUGAUCCUCCGCUUCGACGACACCAACCCGAGCAAGGAGAAGCAAGAGUACGAGGACUCCAUCAUCAAGGACACCGAGAGCCUCGGCGUCAAGAUUGACCGCGUCACCCACACAAGCGACUACUUCCAGGAGAUCUACGAGGCCGGUGAGAAGCUGAUCCGCAGCGGCGGCGCCUACGCUGACGACACGGACCCCGAGGUCCAGAAGGAGGACCGCAUGAACCGCAAGCCCAGCAAGUGCCGUGACCGCCCGGUUGAGGAGUCGCUGGCCAUGUUCAAGGAGAUGCGCGAGGGGACCGAGCUGGGCCGCAAGCACUGCAUCCGCGCCCGCAUCGCCUAUGACUCGAGCAACGGCGCCAUGCGCGACCCCAUCAUAUACCGCUUCCCCAACUGGCAGGGCAAGGAGCCGGCCCCCCACCACCGCACCGGCUGGACCUGGAACAUCUACCCCACCUACGACUUCGCCUGCCCCGUCGUCGACAGCCUCGAGGGAGUCACCCACGCCCUGCGCACCACCGAGUACGCCGAGCGCAACGAGCAGUACCACUGGUUCCUCAACGCCCUCGACAUCCGCCGCGUCAACCUGUGGGAGUUUGCACGCAUCAACUUCAUCCGCACCUUCCUGUCCAAGCGCAAGCUCACCAAGGUGGUCGACACGGGCAAGGUCAGCGGUUGGGACGACCCCCGCAUGCCCACCGUCCAGGGUAUCCUGCGCCGCGGCCUGUCGGUGGCGGCCCUCCGAGAGUUCAUGAUCAAGCAGGGCCCCAGCCGCAACAUUGUCAACAUGGACUGGAGCGCCCUGUGGGCCACCAACAAGCGCCUUCUAGACCCCGUCGUUCCGCGCUACAUGGCCGUUGAGAAGAAGGAUGUCGUCAUCGCCAACAUAGUCGGCGGCCCCGAGGCCCCCUACACCGAGGACCGCCCCAAGCACCCCAAGAAUCCCGAGGUCGGCACCAAGUCCGUCCGCUUCAGCAGCAAGCUCCUCCUCGACCAGGCCGACGCUGCCACCUUCGCCCAGGACGAGGAGCUCACCCUGAUGAGCUGGGGCAACGCCAUCGUCAAGGGUGGUCUGUCCACCGACGGCUCCCCCGUCAAGGAGCUCCAGCUCCAACUCCACCUCGAGGGAGACUUCAAGAAGACGGAGAAGAAGGUGACGUGGCUGGCCGACAACGAGGGCAAGCUCGUCGAGGCCGAGCUGUGGGACUUUGACUACCUCAUCACCAAAGACUCCCUGGAGAAGGACGACGAGAUCGACGACUUCCUCAACCCCAACAGCGCCUCCAUGUCCCUCGCCCUGUGCGACGCCAGCGUCGGAGACCUCAAGGAGAACGACUUCCUCCAACUCGAGCGCAAGGGCUACUUCCGCGUUGACAAGGCUGCCGGUCAGGGUCCCGAGGGCAGGGCUGUCCUGUUCAAGGUACCUGUUGGAGGUAACAAAUAA